GGCCCACUUUUUGGGUGGCACUAGGGAAGUAUAAUGGAGUCCACUGUAUCCAAGUCAUCCACUGGGCUGCAUUCCCUCAACUUUUCAUGCUCUACAAGGUGAUAAGGAGCCUGACCAACUGGUUGUUAGAUUAGCAGCCAUGCUCUCAGAAUUGAGGCUUGGAUAGUUCAGUAGUAUCAGCCGAGCUCCAAUGGCUGGAUACUGGACCUCCUUCUUGGUGUAUUAUCUCGGAGUCUUGGUUUUAACUGAGGCUGCAAUCAAAGCUUCAAACCCUCCUGCUUUCAGACACUGGGAAGAGAAUUCGCCUACGGUUAACAUACCAAAUCAUUUUCGUGGUUCUGUAUCUCCACUUCGCCGAAGCGUUGAAGAGAAACGCUUCAUCUCAACUGUUACUCGCGGUGCGAUAUUUCCACCUAGCACAGCAUCUUUCUGUAGAGCCGCAGGAUUCAUUUGUGUGGAGGACGUAAACAUUACACCCUACAAUAGUGAACCAGUUGGCACUCUAAAUGUUGUACCCUUGGCACGAGGAAGUCCAGGUCGCACCAUGGGCAUUAAAACUAUCAACGACUUUCAGUUUGAUUUCUUUUUGGAAGAGAACCUUGCGAAGGGAGCGUCAAUGAACCUCGCCGAAAAUCUUCAUGAUCCUAUUCCAAAAAGAUCGUUUCUUCCGAAGGCGGUGGCAGACACACUUACCCCUGUUACCACAUCCAACUUGCCGAAGCUAAGGCAGACUUUCAAUAUUGGUGAGAACACCAAGAUGGCUACCAUCAUGGGCACAGCCGCAUACCUCUGCGAGAAUCCUCCUCUUCCGGGUGAAGAAAGAGCGUGCCCAGCCUCAGUAGAGAGCAUGGCCAAGUUCGUUUCUUCUCAGUUGGGAAGGAAUGCGACGAUGCUUAAAACUAGGGGAGCUCCAGGGAAUGCACCGGCGCAGAAGAAACCACUAAUAGUGAAAGACUUCACGAAGCACUCAGUUGAAGAGGGAAAGAAAAUAGUCGUGUGCCACAAUUUGAUGUUCCCUUCUCAAUUGUACUACUGCCACCACGUCACAGGUACGAAAGUAGUGGAAGCAUCUCUAGCAGCUGCUGAUGGUUACAUCAUUCGUGGUGUAGCUGUGUGCCAUUUGAAUACAACCAUGUGGGGCUCGGAGCAUCCUGCGUUUGCAGCUCUCAAAAUACCCCGUGGCGCUGAAGCUUGUCAUUGGACUUCCCAGAACGACUUAAUUUGGGUACCCGUUCAGCAGUAAAGUUGUUGCCAAGCUUUCAAGGAUCAAGGUAUCAGGGCUUUUCCGGUUUUCAUAUGGCGGCUAACAAACAAUAUCUAGGCAUAGCUCAUCAGUUUGUUAGAGUCACAGGAUCUCUAGUAUCUUGACUUAGCUUUCUUUUAGUCACAGGAUUUCAGUGUUUUGACAACCCAGUUUUUCUACCAUGCUUGUCGUAGUCUCAGUAAUGCUUCGAGUCAGGGUUGAUACUGUUCACGAUAUUUUUCCAGCACCCCAUGCGGAUUUGCUUCAGACGCACUGUACGUGAGCCAGUGCAUUACAAAGACAUAAAUGUAGUUUACACGAGGUUUUCAAGGAUCCUCACCAACAACUCUUGAGAUGGCUUUGUUGUAACA